AUGAGCAAGUCUCAUACUGGAGACAAAUCUACUGAGGCGGAGUUCUUUAACGAGAAACGUUUUAGGGAAAAUUGUAUUCACAAGCAGGUUGCAUCACUCUUACACGGUCUUCAAGAAUGUCGUCAAAAAGGCCUUUACACAGAUGUGAUUUUGUGUGCAUCGGAGGAAGAGUUCCCCUGCCACAAAGUGGUACUUGCCGCCAGUUCCCGUUAUUUUAAUGCCAUGUUUCUAACUCCAUUUUCGGAACAACAGACGUCCCGAGUAAAUCUGAAACAGGUUUCUCCUUGGGUACUGCGGCACCUAAUUGAUUUCGCCUACACCGGGCGCCUAUCGCUUAGCACUACUGUUGUUCAGGACAUCUUCAUUGGAGCCAACUUUCUUGACUAUCCUUUGGCUGUAGAAGCCUGUAUUGACUUCAUGAAGAACCAUCUUCACGUCUCUAACUGCCUCGGAGUCCAAUUACUUGCAGAAAUAUAUGAGUUCCCCGAUUUGGCCAAGAGUGCUCGCAUUAUGGCUACGGAAAAUUUCUCUACUUUGGUAAAUCCCGAGGAAUCUGCGAUGGGCGAGUGGCUGCAGCUUCCAUUGAAAAGUGUGGAAUCCUACCUCUCCGCGGACGAUCUCGAGGUGCGCUCUGAGCAGGUGGUCCUGGAGGCUUGUCUGGCCUGGGUCGCUUACGAUCCUGAAAAACGCAUUUCUCACCUUCCUAGCCUCCUUCGUCUCGUUCGGAUUUACCAGCUUUCUCCCAGCCUCCUCCGUACCUACAUUACCUCUUCUUCCAGCAUCAUUCACGAGUCUCCCGCUGCUCUCUUGUACAUUGAACAAGUAAUCAACAGGAUGGAGGGCAAAUGUGAUCAUUCUGCUUCUAUUACUAACGGCAACACUAGCGCCAUUGCUGCCGCAUCCCUUCUACCUCGUCCUUCCACGCUAAAGCGUCCCACUCUCGUUGUGGUUGGCGGAAUCAACUCCACGUACAUCUUGGAUUCUGUGGACGCCUUCUCUUUCGUUCGUGGACGGUGUCUUCCAUGCCCGCCGAUGCCUAUCAGCAAUUUGACCUGGUUUUCUGCUGCAGUAGCUGACAAUACCCUCGUCAUUACUGGCGGCAUUCAUGCUGGCGAAAUAGUCUCUACAGUUUAUCGAUUCAGCGUUGAAGAGAAUACUUGGAACCGGGGUCGAAGCAUGCCCAUCGCGCGGGCUCGUCAUGCCUCAGUGGCUGUACGCGGCGGCCAUGUCUUCCUUUUUGGUGGCGUAACUGUUGUUCCAGCAACAACAUCCUUCUCUGAAUCCACUGAGCGGAGUGGGCGAACAUGGGCAACGGUGGAAGGAAUUGGAGCAGGCAACUCAUUGGGUAGUGAGGUGCCCGAUCUCCUCCUAGUAGAUUCCAUAGAUAGAUACGAUGUCUGGCGAGAUGAGUGGAGCACUGUGGGACGCUCACGAUACCCGCGACAAAUGUCCUCUGUUGCCGUUGUUUCUCCUGUGUCCGUGACUGAGGAUUCUCCCUCUGAAAUGGUCGAAGGGCGAGGAUCAGGCAUCCAUGCGCAUACUCCAUGCCACACAGUUGUGGAGUUGGGUGGCACUCUCGAUGUGCAAUCAGACCUGGUAUCUGAAAAGAUGGCCAUCUAUCACAUCAGGCCCAACCUCUCUGUUGACUCGGCGGAUGACUAUAUUGUCCUCCUGCGACCAGUGCGCUACGCCAAGUGCGUCACCAAUCAGUCAGGAAGAUUGGUGUACAUAUUCUGGGAGGCGAGCGGUGAACUUUCGGUGCUUGAUUUCCAUCGUCAGUCGUUGCGUACCCUGCGGCCUCUUACAGAGACAGGGCGCUCAGAUGGCGGAUACUGCGCUGCCCACUGCGGCUGUGCAUGGGUAGAUGGGCGCCUUUACGUCGUUGGUGGGUUCAGCGCCUUCCUGGGUGCCAACCAAAAGCGUCCCAUUGCUCCUCGGCACUCCGUCCACUGCUACGAUCCUGGCACGGAUACCUGGUCAGCUCUUAAGUGUCAUCUACUCGCUGCCUAUAGUAUUUCCUGGUCGGAGGUUUCAAUGUUCAAAGAUGAACGAGUGACUUUGGCACGGGCGAUUUGUAGCUGCGUUGCCUUGGAGAUGUGA